GCCAGGCCAAGCUGCCCAGAUCCCCCUGAACGUGGCUCCGCAGAUAGGACCCAUAUUUUCAGAUUCAGCAGGUCUCGUGAACACUGGCCCUACCCGAGAUGGACAUUGAGUAACCGCGAGGCGGCGUCGAUCAAUGGAUGAAUCAAGAAGUGACCCGGGGAAAUUCUUGUGUGAUGACUACUCAUAGUCUAUAUAUAUGACUUUGGAUUGAGUGGGGGUUGAAGUGAGAAGGAAUCAUCGCUGGAACAAUAAGCGAUGCGCUGAGGAGCUUCACUAUCAAAUCACCUCCUUUCCACACAUCAACCACCCCGGAAGCUUUUGUGAAACCGCCUUCAGAUUCGUUGACAAGUCACCCGGUUUCAUGGGAACACUGAGUGAACCCCAUCACGGUUCCUAGUCUCGUCUCAUAGAUACGCCUUCCUGUGUGGUCUCUUAGUGCCCUGUUUUUCCACACGAUGCUGAGAUGGUAUCAAGCCCGCCUAGCGGCGCGGCCCCUUCUCACACAGGCCGUCACGACCUCGGUGCUCUUCGCGAUUGGCGACGUGACGGCCCAGCAGCUCGUUGAUAAGAAGGGCAUCGAGAAACACGACAUGGCUCGCACGGGGCGAAUGGCCCUUUACGGCGGCGUGGUCUUCGGCCCCGCGGCAGCAACAUGGUUCAAGAUCCUCGCACGGCACGUCAACCUAGGCUCGGCCAACACGACGAUUCUGGCACGCGUGGCCUGCGACCAGGGCGUCUUUGCGCCGACCUUCAUCGGCGUGUUUCUGAGCAGCAUGGCCCUGCUGGAGGGCACGUCACCCAAGGAAAAGCUCGCCAAGAGCUACAAGGACGCGCUCACCACGAACUGGAUGGUGUGGCCAUUUGUGCAGCUGGUCAAUUUCAAGCUCGUGCCGCUGCAGCACCGGCUGCUGUUUGUGAACGUUAUUAGUAUCGGGUGGAAUAGCUAUCUGAGUUACUUGAACAGCGCAUGAGGGACCAUAGCGGCGGCUUGGCCCGGCGGCGGCGCGAGGAAUGGGGCGAGGAAGAGGGCAAGGAAGGCUUGGUGUGAAUUGCAGGAGGUUUGGUAACAUAUAGAAAGCCGGCGUUCUGGUGCCUGAGCGAAAUGGUUGGACGUUUUUUGCGUGCUAACCUCUCAACGGCGUUGCUUUCGAUGCGGAUAGAGGUAGAACUGAGUGGGAUGCCAUUGCUCGAACCCUAUUUACUUUGCUUUGCUGUGAUUUCGAAGCAAUCCCACAUUCAGCGCUUUCUGGGAAGAUCACAUCGUUGGGCUCC